AUGGACAUCGGGGGCCAAUCGGUUCUCUGCUUUCCACAGCGUGCCAACACUUCCUGUGAGAAGCCUUUACCUGACUGGUCUGAAGGUGUAUUGCUGCCUGCCGUCAGCAUUCUCAGUGUGCUGCUCAACCUGCUCGUCAUCAUCUCAAUCUCCCACUUCAGGCAGCUCCACACGCCCACCAACCUUGUCCUCCUCUCCCUCGCAGUCUCUGACUUGCUGGUGGGCUUGGUAGCGAUGCCAGGUGAGAUCUAUGUGAGGAUAUCCUGCUGGUUUCAUGGUGACUUUGCCUGUUCUCUGUGGAACUACACGACUUUCGCUGCAGCAUCAUCUCCAGUUGGAAACAUGGUCCUGAUAUCGGCUGAUCGUUAUUUAGCUAUUUGCGAUCCUCUGCGUUAUAACGUCAAAGUUACUGUGAAAAGAAUUCAACUUUGUAUUUGUCUUUCUUGGGUGGCAGCUCUUCUAUACUGUGCCAUCCUCUUAAAGGACCAAUUGGGUCAUGCUGGAAUGUACAACUCAUGCCAUGGUGAGUGCGUCAUCAGUUUUGAGUUUUACGCAGGCAUUGUGGACCUCUUCGUUGGCUUUGUUCUUCCUCUAUGCAUCAUUAUCACGCUGUACCUGAGAGUGUUUGUGGUCGCUGUUUCUCAGGCACGAGCCAUGCGCUCCCGUGUUAAAUGUGUCAAAUUACAACAUUCUGCCCCUUUCAGAGCGAAGUCAUCCGAGUUGAAGGCGGCCAGGACUCUCAGUGUUGUCGUUCUUGUCUUUCUGGUGUGUUUUUGUCCAUAUUAUAUUGUCAGUCUUGUGGCUGAAAAUAAGAAUUUAGGUUCACUGACAAAAUAUGUUUUUUAUUUGUAUGGUUUCAACUCGUGUGUAAACCCCUUAAUAUAUGCCUUUUUUUACCCCUGGUUUAGAAAAGCCAUAAAGCACAUUGUCACACUUCACAUUCUGCAGCCUGCCUCCCGUGACGCCAACAUACUGUAG